AUGAAGAACCGAAGCUCCAGAAAGAUAUCCGCAACAUGGAUUCCCAUUUUUUGCAUACCAGCUUUCCUCCUCGGCAUGCUCAUCACAAGCAGAAUGUGGGUAGCACCUGAAUCCAAUGGUCAGCUCAUUUCGACUCGUCGCCAGGAGCAAGAGCUUCAAAUCGUCUCAGAAGAUUGCGCAACUAAGAAGAAGCCUGGACAAGAAAAGGAUGUAAUGGACGAAAUUUACAAAACCCAUGCAUCAAUUCAGCUUGCCAGAUCUCUAGACAAGCAGAUGGCAUCAAUUCAGAUGGAGUUGGCAGCAGCUCGGAGUUCCCAGGAGAUGGGCACCUCGAGUGGCGCCGGCGGCAACUCGCAGUUGUCUAAGGACAGUCCAACGAGAAAGAAAGCAUUCAUUGUUAUUGGAAUUAACACAGCUUUUAGUAGUAGGAAAAGGCGAGAUUCAGUUAGAGAGACUUGGAUGCCUCAAGGGGAAAAGCUACUACAAUUGGAGCGCGAGAAGGGGAUUGUAAUCCGUUUUAUGAUUGGCCACAGUGCAACAUCCAACAGCAUUUUAGAUCGAGCCAUUGAUUCGGAAGAUGCUCAACAUAAUGAUUUCCUCAGGCUGGAACAUGUUGAAGGUUAUCAUGAAUUGUCUGCCAAAACGAAAAUUUUCUUCACCACUGCACUUGCAAAUUGGGAUGCUGAUUUUUAUGUCAAGGUGGAUGAUGAUGUACAUGUCAAUUUAGGUAUGCUAGCUACAACUCUUGCCCGUCACCGUUCAAAACCUAGAGUCUACAUCGGGUGUAUGAAAUCUGGACCUGUUCUUGCUCAAAAGAAUGUUAAGUACCAUGAACCAGAGUACUGGAAAUUUGGAGAGGAGGGAAACAAAUACUUCCGGCACGCAACUGGACAGAUUUAUGCACUCUCAAGGGAUCUAGCUACAUACAUCUCCAUCAACCAGCCAAUAUUGCAUAAAUAUGCCAAUGAAGAUGUGUCGCUUGGUUCAUGGUUUAUUGGUUUGGAAGUCGAGCACAUUGAUGACCGCAAUAUGUGCUGUGGGACUCCACCAGAUUGUGAGUGGAAGGCACAAGCAGGUAAUGUGUGCAUUGCAUCAUUUGAUUGGAGCUGCAGUGGCAUCUGCAAGUCAGUGGAGAAGAUUAAACAUGUUCAUGAAAAGUGUGGUGAAGGGGAUGCAGCUGUUUGGAGUUCAUUAUUCUAA